AUCCAUUCAGAUCAUGAAUGCAAAACAUGAUCUAUCUGAAAACAUAAUAUCUGCAAGUGAUGACAAUUCAUUAUUAAAUAAUCGGGUUUUAAUCAGUUUUAGAUUGUUGAGAAUUUCAAAAAUUUAGAAAAGUUUAAUCUGUAGAUUAGUUAUAUCAAGUGUAAUUAGGUCUUAUAGUAAUCAGUGUUUAUUUGGUUUCUCACGAGAGCGCAUCAUUGUUAUUGUAAAUUUCUUUGAAAAUGUGGGACAAGCACAAGGCAUGCCAAAGUAGUGGAUUUAAAUCUAAAAUGCAACGUUUAAUGAUACCAAAAGUAGUGGUGAUGACAGUAGAUGCAGAAGACCCGCCGGUGACUCAACAACCGACGACACAACCAAACAGUCGAAAAGUAAGCAUCAUAACGCACAACGAUCAAAUGAACAACGGACGCCAUGAUGGCGGACACGACAACAUGGCGUUCGAGUCGCCGCGCAGCCGGAAAGUCUCUUCAAAUUCGGAACACGCCGAAAUCGGUCCGGUGCGGAAGAAAUCCAUCCUGCACAAUGCACAUGCAUUCGAAAACAGUCAACCUAUCACAAAUACGGACAACACCACCAUUAAUACGAUAUACAAUACGUAUGAUUGUACAAUGUUGAAUUCUGAUGAUAAAGCACACGUUAACGGUGAUUCAGUAACAGCAAGGGUGAAAAAACAUUCAGUACAUUCAGUUGCCGAGUCCACAUUCUCCAAAGCAAGAUUUUCUGAUGUUGCCGACGAUGAUAAAAAUGUACCGUGUUGUAACGUGCAGGUUGCCUCCUGGUGGUAUUCAUUGUGCAUGAAAUGCAGGAGCAAAGAGCCUCCGCAUCCAUCAUGGGCUCCACCGAUGUGGAACAAAGUAUGUCCGUAUCCCUUCUGUCCGACAUACAGACAGUUUUCCAGGAUUAUCUCGUUGUCUCUCAUCGGUGUGCUAUUAUGGUUUGUUGUGUAUUCGGUAAUCGGCGAUACGGCAGCACCUGGUGGUCAACUUUUCCAAUUAAUAACAUUAACUUUGGGCGCACACAUUGGCGGCUGGCUGAUGAGUUUGACCAAUUUGCCGGCUUUGAUUGGAAUGUUAUUUGUUGGACUGCUAUUUCAAAACAUUGGAUUAGUUGAAUUUGAUACGGAGUUCAUGGAAGUCAAUAAGGAAUUAAGAAAAAUAGCACUAGUGAUUAUUUUAAUCCGAGCCGGUUUAGAUCUAGAUCCUAAUGCAUUAAAACGGCUAAAAUUCACGGUUAUUAAGGUUGGUCUUGGUCCAUGGAUUGUCGAAGCAGGUGUGAUAGCAAUUUCAACCCAUUUUCUAUUGGACCUUCCCUGGGUUUGGGGCAUACUACUUGGAGUUAUUAUUGCUGCCGUAUCACCAGCUGUGGUAGUGCCCUGUUUGUUUCGAUUGCGAACUAAGGGUUACGGUGUAGCAAAAGGCAUUCCUACCUUGAUCAUUGCAAUAGCCGGUAUUGACGAUGCCACCUCAGUCGCCAUCUUUGGAAUAAUGCAGAGUAUAAUGUUCUCGAAUGAUUCAUUAACAUCGCAAAUCCUACAAGGGCCAAUUUCAAUUAUUGGAGGCAUAGCGUUUGGUGUUUUAUGGGGAGUAGUGUCAUCAUUCGUUCCAGAAAAACAUGAUCCUUUCGUAGUUCCAUUACGAAUUCUCAUGUUACUUGUUGGAGGACUAAUCUCAGUGUUUGGUAGCGAAUUGAUUGGAUAUGGUGGUGCUGGUCCAUUAGCAUGCGUUGCUGCAGCCUUUGUUUCUUUAGUGUGUUGGUCAAAACAAGGCUGGGAGAUAGAAGAAAACCCAGCAGCAACCGCUUUCGAAAUAUUUUGGAUGAUCUUUGAACCUAUUUUGUUUGGUAUCACUGGAGCACAGAUCAAAAUUAACGAAUUGAAUUCACAUCUUGUCACCAUCGGAGUUGGUUGCUUAAUGGCUGGAGUACUGAUUAGAAUCGCAGCUACCAUAGCAUUAUGUAUUGGAUGUAAGCUGAAUUUAAAAGAAAAGAUAUUUGUUUCAUUAAGUUUGAUGGCAAAAGCAACUGUACAGGCUGCACUUGGUCCUGUAACAUUGGGUCUCCUCGCGAGUUCAACUGGAAAAGACAAAGAGUAUGCCGAGACUGUAUUAAUGAUAUGUGUAUUGUCAAUUAUGCUGACGGCACCAACGGGCGCAAUUUUAAUUACAAUUAGCGGACCGCGUUUGCUAACAAAAACGAAGUAUCCAAUAGUCCCUGAAGAAUGGCGACGCAGUCAUAGACCAUCCAUUCGAGACAUUAGUAUUAUUGACGAGGAGGAAGAGCGUGAUGGCGAGUUUGACGAUUCUGUCAGCGAAACGGCCGUACGAGAAAUCCGACACGGAGAAGCAUGAAACAAUAAAAGUCUAUUAAUUCACGGAUUUUGAAGCAACGAAAUCAUACAUUAAUAACAUUUAUAAUUGUUAAAAAGGUGAAGAAAAAAAAGAAUGCUCAAUUGUAUAAAGUAUAUUUAUAUUUAUAAAAAGUAUAAAUAUAAAUACACAGCAUUUUAAAGUUAAAUUUAAAAUGAAGGAUUUUAAAGAUAUUUCAAAAUUGUUUUGUUGUAAUUUAAGAAAAAUUUUAACUGUUUAAUGUAUUUUAUAGAAGCAGCUGCAGAAUUAUUUACCUAUAAGUAUUUAAACAUACGUAUUUAUCGAUAUAUUAUAUAGUUUAUUAUAAAAUAUUUUUUAAUCUGUUGUGGAAAGUUUAAAAAAUAUCACGAAGGUACUUGCUGUACAUACUGUACAUAUUAAACAUUAAUGUUAAAAGAGCGCUUUGAAUGAGUGCUAUAUUAGAUUCUAUAGAACUAAGACAUUGUAUUGAAUUACCCACCUCAAUUACUCAUAGAAAAGGGCGAAACAUAUUGCGUUUCACAUAUUGAGAAGAUUUCGGUUACAUUCUAACUAAAAAUCACUUUCACCACUUUCUUUCCUUUUGUUCUUUGUUAAAGUUUUUUGUGGUGUAAUACCGAAGCAGAGUAGUAGUUUUUUAUGCAGUAUUAUGAAUUGCUGAACAAAACCUGAUGACAUUGCAAACAAAUGUUCUGGACUAACUGGUGGUAAUUAUAUAUACUAGAUAUUAUAAACAAAAGUUGUUUUUAAGCAGUGGUCUAAGAAAAUAUGCAUGUCACAAUGCAGAUAACAAUAAAGAUAAUAAUCAAUUUGAUAUGCUUUUGCAGAAAACCGUAUUUCUUAAAAAUUGUCGUAAAUUUAAACUUGCAAAUGUGAGAAUGUGGUCUUCGUACCACGUAGGGACAGGGUUAGGGGGUGUUUAGAAUACUAGUAUGCUUAAUUAAGGUUUUUUUUAAAAUAGAAACCUUCUAUCGAUGCCAUAACAUUAAUAAAUAUCGUUUCUAGUACCUUGAUAAUAUAAAUUUACUUUUAUCAUUCUAUGUUCGCAUUCGACAAAAAGUGAAAGUUUCAGAACUAAAGUAGGUAUAUAUCUUUCUAUAUUAUUAAUAAAAUAAAUUUUAUUCAUGUACUGUAAGAUACUAACUAUUUUAUAAUGAAUACGUUGGAACUAAUAAAUAAUUAAAAACUC